UCGGCAUUGGGUUCGCAGUCGCUGCACUUGAGAAGUCAGAUCUUGGUGAAGACCUGCGGGCGCUUGCUGCUCCCGUAGCCUCCCCCAGGCUUUGAGGACACCCCAGUCUUUCUUCUUCGCCCCGCCGCCCUCAGGCCGACUUGGAGGAAGUGAUCUGCAGCUGGGGCGGGGAGCACAGGGCCGGGUGCGCGAGGAGGCGAGCGCCCACUGUCCGGACCGGCUGCAGAGAUCCCAGGCGCGGUCGAGGGCGACGCGCCUGGGUGGAGACCGGAUCGGAGGGCUGGGGGCGCGGCGGCCACUCCGGGAGGUCGGGAGGCGAGCGUGACCUCACUGGGAGGGGCCAGCACGCAGCUGGGGCUCGGAACCCAGCGCUGAGGGCGCUGUGCGGAGCGGUUCGCAGCGCCGAGAGCGCAAGCCGUGACCGGGAUGGAGCGCUACAAAGCCCUGGAGCAGCUGCUGACAGAGCUGGAUGACUUCCUCAAGGUUCUAGACCAGGAGAACCUGAGCAGCGCAGCCUUGGUGAGGAAGAGUGGCCUGGCGGAGCUCCUGCGGCUUUACACCAAGAGCAGUAGUUCUGAUGAGGAGUACAUUUACAUGAACAAAGUAUCAGUCAACAGGGAGCAGAACUCAGCAUCUUCACUUGAAGUGCCCGAAGAGCAGGGUCCACUGACCAAUGGGGAGCCCAGCCGGCACUCCUCAGCCCCACAGAAGAGCCUUCCAGAUCUUCCUCCACCCAAGACGAUUCCAGAGCGGAAGCAGCUCACUGUUCCAAAGAUUGAGUCUCCUGAGGGCUACUAUGAAGAGGCUGAGCCAUAUGAUACGUCCAUCAUUGGUCACUAUGGAUCUUAUCUCCCUACUGGAGUCCCCAGAUCAGCACAGUUGCCUGAAGGAGUCAUUUAUGCCACGAUCACCUUGGAGGACGGAGAGGCCGUGAGCAGCUCCUAUGAGUCCUACGAUGAAGAGGAGAACAGCAAAGGCAAGGCAGCCCCCUACCAGUGGCCCUCGCCCGAGGCCAGCAUUGAGCUGAUGCGUGACGCCCGCAUCUGUGCCUUCCUGUGGCGCAAGAAGUGGCUGGGCCAGUGGGCCAAGCAGCUCUGUGUGAUCAGGGACACCAGGCUCUUGUGCUACAAAUCAUCCAAAGAUCACAGCCCUCAGCUGGACGUGAACUUGCUGGGGAGCAGCGUGGUGCACAAGGAGAAACACGUGCGGAAGAAGGAGCACAAGCUGAAGAUCAUGCCGAUGAAUGCCGACGUGAUUGUGCUGGGCCUGCAGAGCAAAGACCAAGCCGAGCAGUGGCUUCGGGUCAUCCAGGAAGUGAGUGGCCUGCCUUACGAAGGAGCUGCGGAGGGAAACCAGUACACACCGGAUGCCCAGCGCUUGAACUGUCAGAAACCAGAUAUAGCUGAGAAAUACCUACCAGCUUCGGAGUAUGGGAGCUCCAUUGAUGGCCACCCUGAGGUCCCAGAGACCAAAGACGUCAAGAAGAAGUGUUCUGCUGGCCUCAAACUGAGCAACCUGAUGAACCUGGGCAGGAAGAAGUCCACCUCGCUGGAGCCCCCAGAGAGAUGCCUCGAGACAUCAAGCUACCUAAAUGUACUGGUCAACAGCCAGUGGAAGUCACGUUGGUGCUUCGUUAGAGACAGCCACCUGCACUUCUACCAGGACCGGAACCGGAACAAGGCUGCCCAGCAGCCCCUCAGUUUGGUGGGCUGUGAAGUGGUUCCAGACCCCUGCCCCGACCACUUGUACUCCUUCCGCAUCCUCCACAACGGCGAGGAGCUGGCCAAGCUUGAGGCCAAGUCCUCAGAGGAGAUGGGCCACUGGCUAGGCCUCCUGCUCUCAGAAUCAGGCUCCAAGACAGACCCAGAGGAGUUCACCUAUGACUAUGUGGACGCAGAAAGGGUUUCCUGUAUUGUGAGUGCGGCCAAAACCUCUCUCUUACUGAUGCAGAGAAAGUUCUCAGAACCCAACACAUACAUUGACGGCCUGCCCAGUCGGGACUGCCCAGAGGAGCUGUACGAUGACGUCAUGUCGGAGUCAAUGACGGUGGUAGAGCCUGCUGAGGAGGCUGCCCCUGCUGUAGACGCUAGCAGUGAGAGUGAGCUCGACCGAGUGUACCUGGAUCUCACUCCUGUCAAAUCCUUCCUGCACGGCCCCAGUGAGGGACAGGCAGAGGCCUCGCUCCCAGCAUUGCCACAGUUGGACGAUCUAGCUGAGACCCUCACAGUAGACCCAGACCCUGGCCUCGCCCCAGACGAGCCCCACACAGGGUCUCCAGAAAGCCUGGAGGAGCAGCAGAGGCCGCUGGAGAGUCAGGAGUCCUCGGAACCCUUGGAGCCUGCCUUGAGAAUCCCCACAGUCAAACUGCAGGCCGAGCAGCAGAGAAUCUCCUUCCCAGGCAACUGCCCGGACACCGUGGUUUCUGCCCCCACCAGUGCCAGCCCGCCUGUGAAGGACAAGCUGAGGGUGACCAGUGCAGAGAUCAAACUUGGGAAGAACCGGACCGAGGCCGAGGUGAAGCGGUACACGGAGGAGAAGGAGAGGCUGGAGAGGAAGAAGGAGGAGAUCCGGGGGCACCUGGCUCAGCUCCGCAGAGACAAGCGGGAACUCAAAGAGAUGCUGCUGAGGUGCACAGAUAAGGGAGUCCUGGCCAACCUGGAGCAGAAGCUGAAGAGAGUGGAUGAGGAGUGCCGGAUCGAGGAGAGCAGGCUUGUGGACCUUGAGCUCAACAUCAUGGAGGUGAAGGACAACCUGAAGAAGGCCGAGGCUGGACCCGUGACACUGGGCACAGCUGUGGAUACCACCCACCUGGACAACAUGAGCCCUCGCGCACAACCCAAAGCUGCCGCCCCCACCCCCACCCAGACCCCAGACUCUACCCCAGUCAACUCUGCCUCCGUGCUCAAGAACAGGCCUCUUUCCAUCAUGGUCACAGGCAAAGGCACCGUCCUACAGAAAGCCAAGGAAUGGGAGAAGAAAGGAGCCAGUUAGGAAACACAAAUGAACCACCUAAAGAGUCUGUGUCAGUGUGGACCUUGGUGACAAUCCUGCUUCCAUCAAGUCAUCGACAAACAGUCCCUCUGAGGAAGGGUGAGUCUGUGCAGAAGAAAAGCAAGGAAUGAGGUGGCCUGAAGGAGGCAUUGUCCCCUUUCCAGGACAAAGGGAAUACGGCGGCGGCAGCAACUUCUUUGGAGACCUAAGUCUAUUGGCCAUCAGUGAGACAUUGCACCUUUUCUUUUUUUAAAAAAGAUUUUAUUCAUCAAUCUGUUGUUUUAUCAAGAUUUUUAAGUGGUGGAAAAAAUGGCCAUGUGGCUUUGGUGACAUAAAAAUGUAAACUGCUGACCCCUUAUCUUUAAUCCUGCAUUUGGCAGUGUUAGGGGUAAUCUUAAAGAGCAUUGGCCACCAAAGGCGUGAACUCUGGAGACCAGUAGCAGGGACACAUUUGGGACCAAGCUAAGGCACUGAUUCCACCAAGGACUUUCCUGAUUCAACUGCCUUUAAAAGACAAACUCUUAAACAAUGCUGUAUUGGAUAGGGGAAACUCCCUGUGUUUACAGACUCCGUCCUGUGGCCAGGCCAUUUUUAAGAAAAGUUAGUUAAUCGCCUCUUCAUUCCACUUUAAAGAUGUUUUUAAUGUCUGGUCCCCUUGCAGGACAGAGUGGUGAGCAGCCAGUGCUGUCCUUUUGUGCUCCGUCUCUGUGCUGGCAUUAACACAGGUUGAAACAUUUCAUCAACCCCAUUUCUGGGCAUUCAGAAUCAGCUAUCGAACACUGGUUUCUGAAGGCUAAAUAUUUUUUAUGCAUAAUGUCUUUCUAAUCCCAGGGCAUUUAUUUCCUGUGAAAUAAACACUUGGUGACCUUUACCAAGUGGUGAGUUAGAUUUUUUAAAUAAAAUGUUC